CAUGAAACACUGGUCACCAGUCGUUAGUGUAGCACUGCCAGUGAGCAGUCCACUGCGCCUGCGCAUAAUUCUGGGAAAAUUAAUAAACAAGUACUAUAAUCGAUUCUUCAUCGAAUAAUAACGGAUAUAACGUUGUUUCUCUUUACUUCAAUAUGUCGAAAGUUUUGUUGAGCCAAGAACUGCCGGAUAUCGAGAAUUUAUUGAAGUUAAAUCCGACGGUUAAGCCAUACAGCAACUUGGUGCCGUCAGCACAAACUAAGAAGAAUAAACAACAUUGGAAAAGAAAUUCCGACAGGAAAUGUGGCACUUGUCCAUCUUUGGAGAAAAACUUCGAUGACAUUAAACACACGACGCUGUCCGAAAGAGGCGCCUUAAAGGAGGCGGCAAGAUGUCUCAAAUGUGCUGAUGCCCCGUGCCAGAAAUCCUGCCCUACGCAGAUUGAUGUCAAGAGCUUUAUCACUAGCAUUGCUAAUAAGAACUACUAUGGAGCGGCAAAAGCCAUUUUAUCCGACAACCCUCUUGGCCUUACGUGUGGAAUGGUUUGCCCGACCAGUGACCUGUGCGUUGGCGGCUGCAAUCUACACGCCAGCGAAGAAGGAGCAAUUAAUAUUGGAGGGCUACAACAUUUCGCCGUAGAAAUUUUUAUGAAAAUGGGCAUUCCCCAAACCCUAGACCCGAAUACGAAGCCUUUACAUAGAGGUGGUGAUAUGAAGAUUGCGUUAAUUGGAGGUGGACCCGCCAGCCUUAGCUGUGCUUGUUUCCUAGCUAGACUCGGUUACAAGGAUGUUACAGUUUAUGAGAAGGAAAAAUAUCUUGGUGGACUAAGCUUAUCAGAAAUUCCUCAAUACCGUCUGCCAUUUGACGUUGUGCAGUAUGAAAUAGACCUAAUCAAGAAUCUUGGAGUGAAAUUCGUCACUGGCAGGAAGCUUUCCACAAAGGACAUAACUGUUAAUAGUCUUCUGAAAGACGGACACGCAGCAGUUUUUCUUGGUAUUGGUCUUCCAGAACCCAAAAGUGUACCCAUUUUUAAAGACCUAACGCCCAACAUGGGCUUUUAUACAAGCAAAGAUUUCUUACCACUCGUAUCAAAAGGAAGCAAAAGAGGUAUGUGUGCCUGCAAGACAUCUUUGCCUGAGUUGUACGGCAACGUGAUCGUAUUGGGAGCGGGGGAUACCGCCUUUGACUGCGCCACUUCAGCUUUGCGUUGUGGGGCUAGAAGAGUGUACGUGGUUUUCCGAAAGGGAUUUACCAACAUCAGAGCGGUGCCUGAAGAGGUGGAUCUAGCUAAAGAAGAGAAAUGCGAGUUUAUACCUUUCAUGUCUCCACAAGAAGUCAUACUAAGAGAUGGAAAGAUUGCCGCACUCAAAAUGUGUCGAACUGAACAAUUAGAAGAUGGCGAAUGGAUUGAGGACUCAGAUCAAACAAUGCAAUUGAAAGCUAAUUUUAUUAUAUCUGCAUUUGGAUCUGGACUUUAUGAAAGCGAUGUAAAAGAAGCAAUGGCAGGGGUUAAACUCAAUCGCUGGGGGUUACCAGAAGUGGACAGUACAUCUAUGCAGAGCGUUAGUAACCCCAAGGUGUUCGUUGGUGGGGAUUUAGCUGGUUUGGCUGAAACCACGGUAGAAUCCGUGAAUGACGGCAAAUCAGCCGCUUGGUAUAUGCAUUGCUAUUUACAGGGUAUACCAUAUGACUCGCCCGUAGAACUCCCUAAAUUCCACUGUCCCAUAGACGACGUAGAUUUAUCGGUGGAGGUUUGUGGCAUAAAGUUCGAGAACCCAUUCGGUUUAGCUAGCGCUCCUCCUACCACCAGCUCAGCUAUGAUUCGACGCGCCUUCCAACAAGGCUGGGGCUUCGUUGUCACCAAAACCUUUGGACUCGAUAAGGAUCUUGUAACAAACGUAUCACCUCGAAUAGUCCGUGGCGUGACGUCAGGAGAGAACUUUGGUCCGGGACAAGGGUCUUUCUUGAACAUCGAACUAAUAUCAGAGAAAUGCGAGGCGUAUUGGUGUCAGAGUAUUAAGGAACUGAAACGGGACUUCCCUACCAAGGUUGUAAUAGCUUCAAUAAUGUGCUCCUACAACGAAGAAGAUUGGACUUACUUGGCGCAAAAAGCGGAAAAUUCUGGGGCAGAUGCUUUAGAGCUAAACUUGUCAUGUCCUCACGGCAUGGGCGAGUCUGGGAUGGGGCUGGCGUGUGGUCAGGAUCCGGUUUUAGUGAAAGGAAUAUCAGAAUGGGUUCGCAAAGCUGUGAAAAUACCCUUUUUCGUCAAGCUGACUCCUAACAUCACAGAUAUCGUGAGCAUAGCUGUCGCAGCAUAUGAAGGUGGAGCGAAUGGCGUAUCCGCAAUCAACACCGUAUCUGGCUUAAUGUCCGUCAGGGCAGACGCUACGCCGUGGCCACAAGUAGGUCGUGAGAAGAACACAACGUAUGGCGGUGUAUCCGGGAACGCGACGCGCCCCAUGGGUUUGCGAGCAGUUUCAGCCAUCGGCAACAAACUACCCGGUUUCCCAGUGCUGGGAAUCGGGGGCAUAGAUUCCGCUGACUCGGCGUUGCAGUUCAUAAUGUGCGGAGCUCCAGUUGUACAGAUAUGCAGUGCAGUACAAAACCAAGACUUCACCCUCAUUGAAGAUUACGUGACGGGUCUUAAAGCAUUACUGUACCUCCGGUCGCUGGGGCUCGGAGGUUGGACUGGCCAAUCACCGCCGACCUCCAAACACCAGAAAGGCAAACCGGUUCAGACGCUUUAUGAUGUGAAUGGCAAGGUCCUAGCACACUUCGGUCCUUACAAUAAGAAACGUGAAGAAUUACUCCACGGUAUAAGACUAAAGUCCUCAGUCUUAGAUGACAUACCUAAUUGCCCGUUGCAGAAGAAAGAAGUUAACGGGUAUGCCACAGUGCCCCGGAUAAAAGAUGUAUUGGGUGAAGCUCUGCCAAGGAUAGGAACCUACAAGAACUUGGAUAACACCAAACAAGUGGUUGCACUUAUAGAUGACGAUAUGUGCAUCAACUGUGGAAAAUGUUACAUGGCUUGUGCAGACUCAGGAUAUCAGGCUAUUGAGUUUGAUCCGGAAACACAUAUACCGCAAGUAACUGAUGAUUGCACUGGAUGUACUUUGUGUCUGUCCGUAUGCCCCAUCAUUGACUGUAUAUCGAUGGUGCCUAAGACAAUUCCACACGUUAUCAAAAGAGGCAUCCGAUAUGAAGUCCACCCUGUAAAACCGUUGGACGCAGUGUGCCAAUAGCACGGGCAAUAAAAGAAAAUAAAAUAUCAGUACAAAAAUAAUGAUUUAUUUAAAAGUAUAAA